AUGGCAACGGCAAGGCUUCGCAGAGCGUUUCGCUACCCUGACGAUUCAGGCGAUGAAGAGCACAGUCGGGAGGAGCUGGACGAAGAAGGUAUGCACUGUCAGAUGCCCAGGCAGGAAGCCAUUCUAGACGACGUUGCUGACGGUCCGACAGAGCAGGAACGUGUGAUAGAGCAGCUGAAAGCACUGGAUGAGAAGCGGAACUCUGAAUAUAGUAUCGUUUUCGCCGCCAUCCCGCUAUUUUCCAGCUUCGCUUUUAUUGCUUCAAUACUGUCGGGCUCCUCGAGCCUAUCUGAACGAUGCCUUUCUUUGCUCGGUGCUCUAUCUCUACUAGUCACAGCUUAUAUCAUGAAGUAUCUCCCACUCGAACGCCCGGAUCCUAAGGGCAAGAGACCAAUGGCCACACCGCAUGCUAUGGCGAGCAUCCGGCCAUACAUCUUGCCUGUCAAUGCUGCGAUCUGCGUGCUUCUGGCCCUGGUCUACGCUUCCCAACCCACAACGCAAUCCUGGCUGGAGAUCCAGCCGGUUAUCUACUUGGUUCCAGGAGCAAUGUUUGCGGCUGUCCUAGUCGCACGCAAGGUCAUGCUUUCGGUUGACCUUAAGACUCUUGAGAAUCUCCGCUAUGAGUACAAAGGAGCAUAG